AGAGAAAGCCGCGCAACGCAUGCAUUUUGGGUGUUGUUGUCGGAAGAUUGCAUUCAUUACCACUUCUCAUACAAUCAUCCUACACAAAGAUGGCCAUCGAACAAGGUGGACAGCUCAAAGCUGCAGAAGACGCAAUCAAAGCAGGCAAAAAUGCAGAAGGAGAAAGAAUAUUGAAACAAAUUUUAGAGGUGAAAAGCAAUGACGGUACCAGCAAUGAAGGAACCUCUUCCGCUGAUGAAGAUAGCUUACGACAAAGAGAGCUGGCCUUAACAAGACUUGGUCAACUGUAUCGUGAUGAAAAGGAUGCAAAUAAGCUGGCUGAAGCCGUUCGUUCUUCUCGAGCACUCAUGGCUUCCAUCGCUAAAGCAAAGACGGCUAAAUUGAUCCGUACAUUGAUCGACUAUUUUGGUGAUAUUCCAAAUUCUAGCGAUACACAAAUUGCAGUAACAAAGGAAAAUAUCGAAUGGGCACGAGGGGAGAAGCGGGUAUUCUUACGUCAAAACUUGGAAACUCGUUUGAUCGGGCUAUACUUCGAAACCCGUGCUUAUCGGGAAGCAUUACCCUUGAUCGAUUCUCUCUUGAAAGAAUUGAAGAGGCUCGAUGACAAGAUGAUCUUAACAGAGGUGCACUUACUCGAAAGCCGUGUAAAUCAUGCAAUCUCAAAUUUCCCCAAAGCAAAAGCGUCCCUGACAUCCGCACGUACAGCAGCCAAUGCGAUCUAUUGUCCACCUCUCUUGCAAGCCCAGUUGGAUAUGCAAAGUGGUGUUUUGCAUGCUGAGGAUAAAGAUUACACAACAGCAUACUCGUACUUCUUCGAAACACUGGAAGGGCUGGCAUCGCAGGAUGAUUCAAGAGCGCCACUAGCACUGAAAUACAUGCUUAUGUGCAAGAUCAUGCUCAACCUUCCUGAUGAUAUCAACGCAAUCAUAGAAGGCAAGCUUGCUCAGAGGUACGCAGGACGAGAUAUUGAUGCAAUGAAAGCAGUCGCAAAAGCACACGAAGACCGAAGUUUGGAACAAUUUGAAAAAGCAUUGAAAGAAUACAAGGGGGAACUAUCAAAUGAUGCCAUCAUUCGCAACCAUUUGGCAGCUCUUUACGAUACUUUGUUGGAGCAAAACUUAUUGCGAAUUAUUGAACCAUACAGUCGAGUAGAGAUGAGUUAUGUCGCCAAACAGGUUCGACAACCUGUCCGUGAGGUGGAGCAAAAGCUAAGUCAAAUGAUCUUGGAUAAGAAUUUGCAUGGUAUUUUGGAUCAAGGAAAUGGUUGUUUGGUUGUAUUCGAUGAGCCGGAAGAAGAUGUGAGUGUGUGGGAUCAUGUGUGCUUACGAAGGAAGGUAACUGACACAAUAUUUCUCUUUCCCAUUGACAGAAAAUGUAUGAAGAUACGCUUGAUACGAUCAAGCAUGUGUCGAAUGUAGUCGAUUCUCUAGCUGCAAAGGCAAAACGUCUUUCGUAGGAACUGUUUAUCGUUCAAACA